UUAUAAAAUGUACACAUCGUCUUAUUUAACAUAUUCUUCAAUUGGUUCAACAAUUCAUCGUAAAUGCAUUAUUGCAAUUAAACAUAAGGUUCCCCUACUUAUCUCAUCAUAUACCCAUAAACAUCCUUCUUAUUUGACUUACUCUUCCCGCUUAAUUUCCACUUCUAAAAGAAUCAAUUCGAAUAAUGAUCAAAAUAAAAAUCCAUUAACCCCGAAGCAGAAACAACUCAUUGAUUGUAUGAUCAGAAUCGAUCAAGCCGGUGAAAUUGGUGCAAACUACAUUUAUAAAGGUCAAUUGGCAGUGCUGGGAAGCGAUGAAAAAAUUAGUCCUGUCAUUAAGGAAAUGUGGGAGCAAGAAAAGUUGCACCUUAAAACUUUUGAUGAAAUCAUGCCACGUUUUAGAGUUAGGCCCACGAUUUUACGUCCAAUAUGGGAAGCUUUAGGGUUCAUUCUUGGAGCUGGUACCGCUAUGAUGGGUAAAGAAGCUGCUAUGGCUUGCACAGAAGCUGUAGAAACUACGAUUGGAGAACAUUACAACGA